GGAGAGCGCUGCAUCUCGCUGCACGGGCGUACGCAUCGCGCGUCGGCUGCCUCUAGUAGCUAUAUUGGGAGAGCACUGCACGCCUCGGCGUGCGCAUCGUGCGUCGGGCUGCCUCUCGUAGCUAUAUCGUCAGUGGAGUAGUCCCAUCAGUGAGCCGCAAUCACCAUGACGCAGCUGGGGCAGCUCUCGGAGCUCUCGAUUGCCUCCCAGCACUCGGUCGGCUCCCAACGCUCCAAGGCUAGCUUCGCCACCAGCGCUACUGGUACCACUCUACGUAGUGGGACCAUACGUAGCGGCACCACAAGGAGAACGCAGCGAACGUAUCAGAGCAGCAAAACGAGAAUAGACGAUGAGGAGCCACCGCGGCCCUCGUGCGGCGUAGGCCUUGAUAACUUACGAGUGCGAUGGAAAGACGAGAAACUCUAUGGUGGGCGUCGUGUGCUUGGCGUGCCCCGCACGUCGCGGGACGGCGGCUUCUUUUUGAUAAUCGACGACGAAGGGUACCUGCAGCUCCACGGCCGGACGCCGUUCGGCUGGGAGCCGGAACGAUAUCAGGAGGAGCAUCCCGACCCCUUCGCCGAGGAGCUCGAUUUGCGGGCAGAGUACUUCCACUGCACGCGCCGCGUUCGGACGUAUGAGUACUCUGAUCUACCGCACUCGCAUAUCCUUGCAACUGGGUCAUACCACUCGAUCGUUGUCUCGGGCGACGCCGAUGCAUGCGUAUAUUGCCUGUAUCACGGCCGGGAGAUCGACGAGCCUCCCACAAUAACUCGGCUGCUCUUGCCCGCCCCGACGCGGAUCCGUGCGGUCGCUGCCAGCAAAGAAUCAUACCUUCUGCUCGCCGAGACGGGUCAAGUGUACGAGGGCUUGUUUGAUGACGAGGAGCCGCGUCCGAUCGAGGCUCUGGCCCAAGCUCGGUGCCGAUCCGUUGCGUGCGGCGAGGAGCACUACCUCGUCGCGACCUUCGACGGCAUUGCGUAUAGCUGGGGCCGCGGCGCCGACGGCCGGCUCGGGCACGACUCGGAGCGCGACGUGGCGAGGCCACGAGUUCUUCAAGUAGAACGUGCCGUUGCGGUCGCUGCUGGAGACGACCAUUCGUGCGUCCUCUGCGCCGACGCGGGCGGCAUUGAGGGGUCCGAGGUCUACUUGUUCGGCGGCAACGCGCGGGGCCAACUCGGAACGGGCGAUCGCUACGAGUGCCUGACGCCGACGCGCGUCGACGUCGGCACCGUCGUCGUGUCCGCGGCGUUGGGCAGGCAGUUUACGCUGCUAAUCAACGCGCGCGGCGCGCUGCUGUCGUGCGGCUGCGGGGCGCGGAACGGACAAGAUUCGAACGCCGAUAGCCUCAUCGUGCGGCGCGUCGAGGCCCUAGCGGAGGUCGCCGUCGUCGCCGUCGCCGCCGGUGCUUUUCAUAGCAUGGCGGCGAGCGACGCGGGCGCUGUCUAUCGAUGGGGCGGCGAUCCGGAAGCUCUGGAGACGUAUCGUUGGACCGGGGACCCUGACGCCAUUGCCAAGCCGUUCGCCUCGACGCCAGAACAGGACGUCACGCUGCGCGUCGCGUGCAACGACUGCCAUGUCUGUAGACGAGCAGACCACCUCGCGAGAACGCCGGCGCUUCUCUCGGAGCCGUGCCGGAUCCAAUCGCGCGAGGAGGAGCCGUUCUGGCCCUGGUGCUGCCUCGGCGUCCGUUCGAAGUACGACACCAUUUCCACGCCAUCGAUGCGACGCGUCUCAUUCACACAGGCCCGACGACGAGAUACUGCCCAGAGUCGAUGUAACUACCGACCCGGAAUUGGAGCCAGGCGCGGAGAUUUACGAGUAUCCGGCCCAGCCGUGCAACCUCGAGAUUACCGCGAGGCACAGCCCCUACGUCGUCGAGAUGAACGUCGUCGCGCGGGGAGGCAAACGGAAUAGCGUGUUCCUCCGAGAAGAGGUAAGGCACCUAGCCUGGCGCCUCGACCCGUUCGACAGCAAAACGCUGAUCCUGACGCGGAACGGCGUCGACGACUCGUUCACGUUCAAGGAGCGCAAGCGCGCCGGCGAGUGGAUCCGCGCGCUCGAGGCCUGGGCCGCAUGGUCACCCCUGUAGUUGUUUUAAAUCACUCACAAAUUUUAA